AUGGGCAAUAUGGCACCAAAGAUAUCAGACGCACAUUUCUUUGAAGCCCUAGAAGCAGACAACAAGAACUUUCGAGCAGACCAAAGAAGGAUGGUCGAAGACAUGUAGAAAGCAUGGGAAUAAUCCACAAAUUUGAUGUGUCAACUCUUACAAAACAUGCAGCAAUUUCAGCUGACAGUAUGUACAAGAUUGGAGGCUUUGGAGAAAAAAGAACAGCCUCAUCUGCAACCGACAUCAAGCUACCGACCAGCACAACCGGAAUCACAACACGAGGUACCACCUCUCUAG